UCUCAGCCCUGCAUUUAUUCCCAGCUUUUGCUCUCACUCAAAAUCACUCUCACUCUGUUUUUUCUUUCUUUCAGAGAAUGGAAAUGUUAAUCCAUCUUGCUUUCAUCAUCUUCUUCUUGCCAUUUUCAGCAAUUGCAGGCUACUGGCCACCAUCACCUGGUUACUUUCCGAGUCAUAAGUUCGGGACCAUGAACUUCUAUCAAGGCUUUACAAAUCUAUGGGGACCUGCCCAUCAGAAACUUGAUUAUAAUAUCAAUGCCUUAACUAUUUGGCUUGAUUCCAAUUCAGGAAGUGGGUUCAAGUCGGUUCGUCCGUUUCGAUCUGGGUAUUUUGGGACAUCCAUAAAGCUCCAACCCGGGUACACAGCUGGAGUAAUUACAGCUUUCUAUUUGUCGAACAAUGAAGCUCAUCCUGGUUACCACGAUGAAGUGGACAUAGAGUUUUUGGGUACCACAUUUGGAAAACCGUACACUCUUCAGACAAACGUUUAUAUAAGAGGAAGUGGUGAUGGAAAGAUUAUUGGUAGAGAGGUUAAAUUCCAUUUAUGGUUUGAUCCUACUCAGAAUUUUCAUCACUAUGCCAUUCUAUGGAAUUCUAAAGAGAUCAUAUUUUUGGUGGAUGACGUGGCGAUAAGGAGGUAUCAAAGGAAGAGUGAUGAAACAUUCCCUUUGAGACCAAUGUGGGUCUAUGGAUCUAUCUGGGAUGCAUCAUCUUGGGCCACUGAGAAUGGCAAAUACAAAGCUGAUUAUAGGUAUCAACCAUUCGUAGCCAUGUACAAGGACUUUAAGGCGUCGGGCUGCUCAGCAUACGCUUCGAGAAGGUGUCGUCAGCCAUCUGCCUCCCCGUACCGGUGGGGUUUGACGCGACAACAAUAUUCGGUUAUGCAUUGGGUUAGGAGUCGAUACAUGGUUUACGAUUAUUGCUUGGACAACAAGAGGGACCAUUCUAAAACACCCGAGUGUUGGGGCUAGACAAACCAAUUAAAUAUUUAUCGUGGGAUUUUUGUUUUUGUUAUUAUUAUUAUUAUGAUUAUGGAUUUUAAUUUACUACUUUCUUCAUUUGGUUUUUGAUCAUUGUCCCAAAAGCUUGCAAUAUAUGUUUUUUUUACCAAAUAA